GGUGCGGAAGUGUCGUCCUCCAGAGCAGCAGCAGCAGCGGCAGAGCUGCCUCUGUUGGGGUAAACACUACGCUAGUUCAGCAGCAGGGGCUUCCUCAGCCUCCGCGUCUCUCCGACCGGGACCUGCCAGCCCUCCCCGUGACCGUGCAGCAUAGCGGUACCAUGCGCGCACCGUUCGGCGCGAGGGGCCACCGUGUGAAGUGAGUUUCCUUGAAUCAUCUAUAUGGGCCAUCUUCUUUCGAAAAAUGGUUACCGCCUGAAGAAAAGGACGCGCAAGUUGCAUCACAGGAAGAAGAAGAAGAGGAACUGCUUCCUGCAGCUGCCCUGCAUGCUCUGCUUCAUUGUCCACAGCAACAGCAGUGGCCUCGACGACGACAGCGACCACUUGGAGGCCGGCGCCAACGGCAGCGUGUGCCGGCGCAACAGCAUCACAGGAACCAGUGUCCCCGGCGUGGGUGGAGUCAGCAUCGGGGCGGCAGUUGCCUCGAAGCUCGCCGAGCGGUACGCAACACUCUCAUCCCCCGAGGACUGCUCCAAGUUCCUGUUGUCACCGCGGGAGCUGGCAAUCUGGGAGGCCCAAGGGAGGAGCCUUUUAUCUGCCAUUCCCACCAAACUGAUCCCGCCGCCGGUGCUUUUCCGAACUGCUGGGGUGUCUGUGACCGUGGCCGUACCUGGACCUGUGCCUGGCUGCACCAGUGACUACCCUGAGAUGGUGUGUAAGAGGAAGUGCUCAGAGGUGCAGAGGUGCACCCCCUGUAAGCAGCCGCGCUGCGCCUUCGCCGCCCCUGACGGAGGGCUGGAGAACGGGGGGGUGGGAGGAGGUGGGGGAGAGGCCGCCUCAAACUCUGAAACCGGCCACUGCCACCUUCCCCUCUGUCCACUUCCCUCCUCCUCCGCUUCCUCCUCUUCCUCUGCCUCCUCCUCCUCCUCACCCGCUGACGGCUGCUGCGGGCCGGGCCUUCACGCCGACUUGCCCCACAGUUCGGACUCGUCCCCCUGUUGCCUGAAUCAUUACGACGACUGCCAGGCGAGAUGCUCCGACGCUGCGGAUCACUCGAGCAUCAACCACCUGCCUUCCUCCAUCCUUCUUAAGGUGCUCUCCCACCUGACAGUGAAGGAGCGCUGUCUGUGUGCCUCUUUGGUUUGUAAGUACUGGAGGGACCUCUGCUUGGACUUCCAGUUCUGGAAGCAAAUCGACCUCAGUGGCCUCCAACAAGUGAACGAUGAUCUCCUGGUGAAAAUAGCCUCUCGGAGGCAGAACGUGACAGAGAUUAACAUCUCGGAUUGCAGAGGUGUCCAUGACCAUGGUGUGUCCUCCCUGGCCUCUCACUGCCCAGGCCUGCAAAAGUACACUGCAUACCGCUGCAAGCAGCUUGGGGACAUGUCCCUGUCGGCCUUGGCUACACACUGCCAUCUGCUGGUGAAGGUGCAUGUGGGCAACCAGGACAAACUGACAGACGAAGCACUAAAAAAGCUGGGAGAGCACUGCAAAGAGCUGAAGGACAUCCACUUGGGUCAGUGCUACAGUAUCACAGAUGAAGGCAUGGUGGCGUUGGCUCAAGGAUGCCCCAAACUGCAGAGACUCUACUUGCAAGAGAACAAGCUGGUCACUGAUCGGUCCGUGCGAGCUGUCGCGGAGCACUGUCCCGAGCUGCAGUUCGUUGGCUUCAUGGGAUGCCCGGUGACCUCCCAGGGGGUCAUCCAUCUUGCUGCGCUGCGGCACCUGAAUGUCCUGGACCUGCGGCACAUCUCGGAGCUCAACAAUGAGACGGUGAUGGAGGUGGUGAGGAAAUGUCGCAAACUCAGCUCCCUCAACCUCUGCCUCAACUGGAGCAUCAACGACAGGUGCGUGGAAAUCAUCGCCAAGGAGGGCCGCAGCCUGAAGGAGCUCUACCUUGUGUCUUGUAAAAUCACAGACCACGCUCUGAUAGCCAUCGGCCAGUACAGCAGCACCAUCGAGACGGUGGACGCCGGCUGGUGUAGGGAGAUCACGGACCAGGGAGCCACACAGAUCGCCCAGAGCAGCAAGUCCCUCCGCUACCUGGGCCUCAUGAGAUGUGACAAGGUGAACGAGGAGACCGUGGAGAGGCUGGUGGUCCAGUACCCUCACAUUGUUUUCAGCACAGUGAUGCAGGAUUGCAAGAGAACCCUGGAGAGAGCUUAUCAAAUGGGCUGGAGCCCCAACACAUCGAACACAUCGUAGCUGCUGCUGGAUCUCACUCUCACACACACACUCACACACACAAACACACACACACACACACACACACACACACACACAGAGCUACGCAUAGGCUCUUUUGGUGUACAGACACACGUACACAAUAUUUGCGUCAUGUUUGCCUCCCAUCCACUUUUCAAACAUGCAUGUGAAACAUGUAGCUACACACUCACAGACGGAGGUCAAGUUCCCCAACUGUUUCAUUUCGAGAACAUCUCUCAUUUUAAUAAUUUAAGUUUAAUAUCGUCCGCCUGGUAUUUUAUAAUUCAGCUAAAUGGUUGCUAUGCUCCAAUUAUAGGUCAUAAUCAACAACUUGACUGAAUUGUGCUCAUCAUCAUUCUCAAUAAGUGAUAUUACAUCCGACAAUGACACGUACUGCCUCUAACCGCGGCCCUUGAGUGACUAGUUUGUCCAGUUUUAUUUCACGUCUGCUGACAGCGAGGGCGACUCGGUUGAUGGAGUCAGCCUCAUCAAACUAUUAAGUCUGCACAUCCUUUGCAUAUCUCGAGAACCGUUCAUCCGAUCUACUUCACACUUGCCGGGUGUAUUGUUUGGGAUCCAAGGGAGUGCUUUGUCGAAUUUGGUACAAUUUUGGACACGCGCUCUCAUGCUGAAUGACCUUAUAGAGGAGCAAACGGAGUCGACACCACUGGAUAACUGGACGCAAACCAGAGUGUAUUUCACCCACUGGGACUGUGUGAAAAGGAGGCACCAUGAGCACUACGUACGAUGUCAAUUUUACCUAACUCUGUUCAACGUGGAGCUUUCAGUUCCGUAUAUGAUGCUGGACAUUUUAAUGAAUGAUAAUACAUUAUAUUUGAAUUGUUAUAUUUUUAUGUGUCAAAUCUGAAUGGACAAACGUAACCAGUGACACUGCUCUGUCAGGUAAAUGGCCACAGGCCGAGGCUGCCUACCUUGCCCAAUGGUAAGGUCUUCCACAGGUGUACUUCACUGCUGCAUCAAGCCGCGUGAUGCAGCAGAGUCAUGGCGGCCGUGUUGCUGAGGACCCGAGGGAGCAAAGUGUGAAGUUAUUUGUCUGAGCGGUUCUCGAGAAAGCACCACAGGACACUCACUCGUCCUGAACGAGCAUGUUUUCACCGGACGCUGCUCUAGUACAUUUAAAGUCCUCCGUAUCACCGAGGAUGUAGUCGAGUUAAGACGAGGAUGUAGUCGAGGUAAAGACGCAUGGGUGGGGUCACAAGUGAAUCAUUUUUAAUGAGCACAGAUUCGAAAAAAGGGUUUGUCUCCCCACCCGGAGCCGCUGUGCCCAUGUCGGCCCUCUGCGGCGUUUCCUUCCUUCAAACUGAACUCCACAGCUCGCACAACAACACAGAGCGCAGACUUGGAGCUCAGGAGAUGACAUCCCUGCAACUUAAGGCCAGAAGACUACCAGGGCUUCAGACCUCACGUGAGGCAUGUUGAGGAAUCUGUCACGCUUCUCUUGUCCAAGUAGUUUUUUUUCCUUUUCUUUUCUUGGAUGUCCAGUACAGUGUUAAAGGCAUUUGUGGACCCAUACAUGUUGAGAUGAUUGACGAGGCUCCGUUUGAAGGACAGAUCUCUUCGCUGUGACUUAAUAUGCACAUUGUCACGGCACAGAAGAAAGAUUCAAACCCCUGACAAAGUCAUGGCAGGGAAAAAGCAUCGAUUAUGUCUCCAAAAAAAACGGCAUGUUUACAUUCAGAUCCUCAUCUUUUUUUCCCUUUUUUUUAGCUACAGACAUAUUAUCAACAUAUGACCUGCCGUUGAAGAGAGCUUCUGUAUGACUUGGGAACAAUGCUGUGUUUUGAUGCCAUGCUUAGAUUUAGAGUUGACUGAGCAUCAGUGAGUCAGUACAGAAUGAAAUGAAACCGUGCUUGAAAUAGAAGUUGCCUUUACCUAAAAACCCUGGCUGUUGUUAUCAGAAUAACAACCACGACCACCGUGAUGACAGGUAAGAGGAAACGUUGCCUUAAUGCUGAGUGGGUACUGUAAUUGCAAUCCAAUUAGCGAGCCAGAAUUUACUGAAGAAAUGUUUAACUGACUUUAUCUAAUACCAUAUUCCCAAUAUUUGAUAUAUACUUAUGAAUAAAUACUCUGCAGGAUUUGCCUGAUAUUGGUUUUGAGCAUAUUCGUGUAACAUUAGCUAUGUAGCAAUGCAAUGAGGGAUUUAUCUUUCUUUGAGGUGUAGGAUGUAAAAAAAAAAAAAAAAAAAAAAGAAGAAGAAAAAAAACUGUCUUGAGCCUUUCACCAGAGUUAAAGGUUUUUCAUCUCCUAUAGAAACUCAGUAGUGUACAGUUAAAAAUGCAAAUGACCAGGGUAUUUUUCUAUGGUGUGAACCAGCUCUGGGCUCAGCCUCCACACACUGUCACUCAGACAUGAACAAUAGCUUCCUGAGCCUCGGGUUUGAGUAGAACUGUAAACUUUCUACAGCAUUUAGAGAUUUCAGACAAUUAAAAACACCUUCAUUUUACCCUUGUCAGGAUUUGUAGACUUUAACCGGUGUCUCCCGCUGCCUGUUUUUGUUCCUUUUCUGUUCUUUUGUAAUCCCCAUAUGCACUUUCUUCCCUGCUAGAUGUUGACACACUUGAUUCCUGAUUUGUUAAGGCAACCGUAAAUGAAUGGAUUUACAUAAAGAUGAAUAAAACACUACUUCAAGCUUUCUUUUCUCUUUUCCCUUUUGUAUGUGUGGAAUCGAGGCAGGAGAAGAAUAUCCAGAAGGACAGCGGAAUACUCCUUCGCUCAUUUCACAUAAUCUGUGAGACUUUUUCCAAAAACUUUUUAGCGCAUCGAUUGCGUUUCAACUUAAAGUCCACUACGACUACAAAGGCAGACGUGGUGAAAAUGGAAAUUCAACACGGAUUGCAUUUGUGCGCUCGGGUAGAAAUGCAAAUACGGACACCAGCGUGUU